AUGUCACUCGAGACCGCAGAGAGAGAAAAGGGAGAGACCAGUGAGCUUUCUCUCUUUAAGGACAAGGCUUCUGCUGUCUCCAAUGCAGUUCCUUUUCAUGGAACUUCCAAAGAAGAACACAUCAACAUCCCAGAAACGGUGGACGACUUUGUCAGGAACUUCCUCCAGAGAAUUGGCCUGAGCAGGACUCUGGACUGUUUUGAAACAGAGUGGUACAGUUCAGCUCAACAACUGCUAACUAAGCCUUUGUUGAAAGCAUCUCCUGCAGCAGGAAACUUUAUCAUACCUGAUGCCCUCACACACAAGCAGCUCCUUCAGUUUGAAUUGCAGAAGAUCUCCGGUGAGACCAACCAGCUUAAACAGGAGGUGCUAUGUGCAGGGGACAGCCUAGUUAAGAUUCAGAGGGACCGAGAUCUACACCAUCUGCACUGGCAGCGAAUUAUUGCUGAGAAAAGUCAUGCAAUGGAGGACAUUAAACGGCUAAAGAAACGCCUGGCGGCUUAUGAGCCAGCACUGAGGGAACUGGAUGGCAAGUAUGAGGCAGCUCUGAGGCAGAAGAUGCUUCUCAGUUUGGAAAGCGAAAGAAUGCAGAACACCUUGGAUGCAAGACUAAGUCAGGACAAAACUCAAACGAAAACUGCAAGAAGCGUCAAGAAGAGCACUGCCCAAGAGCGAAGCACUACCAGACACACAAAAGACACCGAGUUUCCUGUCUGUAGCAGACCAGUGAACCAUCAGAGCAUUCAGAGGAAUCUUGAAGAACAGAAAAGCCCAAGUUCAUUCAGUCUUUUCUGUUCCAUCAAAGCCCACACUCUUCCAGUAAGCUGCAUCAGCCUCCAUCCGGAAAAGAAAAUCCUUGCUAGUGCAAGUGAUGACUGCACUUGGAAGCUGUGGGCACUGCCAGCUUACAAGGAAAAGGUGGGUCAGAUGGUCCUGACAGGGGAAGGACACGCUGAUUGGCUCUCCAGCUGCACUUUUCAUCCAGAAGGAACUAAACUAGCAACAACUAGCGGAGACACUACAAUAAGGCUCUGGGAUUUUUUUUGUGGACGCUGUGUGUUGACAUUCACUGGUCAUAGCCAUCCCACCUGGGGGUGCUCCUUCCACUCGUGUGGUCACUUCUUAGCGUCCUGUUCCUCAGAUAAAACUGCCAAGCUGUGGGACCUCAACAGCCAGCGCUGCCGGCUGACAAUGCGCCGCCACACUGCGUCUGUGAACAGUGUCUGCUUCCAGUCCUUCUCCAACACUCUCCUCACUUCUUCGGCAGAUAAAACUCUUGCCCUGUGGGAUAUCAGGCUUGGAGUGUGCAUUGCAUCCUUCAUUGGACAUCAACAUCCCUGCAAUCAUGCUACUUUAAGCCUCGCCGAGGAAGUCAUUGCUUCCUGCGACACCCACGGCAUUGUCAACCUGUGGGACAUAAGGAAACCUGCUUCGGCUAUCAGCACUAUUGAUGCAGGGCCUCUGAGUGCCAAUCAGGUGGUGUUUAGUCCAUCAGGGAAGAUGCUGGCAAUUGCGAGCAGCGACAGUUUGGUCAGACUGGUGAACGUGGAUUCCUGCACAGUCUGCAGCCUGUCAGGGCAUAGGGACAGUGUGCAGAGUGUGACGUUUGACCACAUGGGGAGGACUGUCAUGUCUGCGGGGAGUAAUGGGGUCAUUAACAUAUGGAUGUAA